GAUGGUGACGGACGUGCAGCUGGCCAUCUUUGCCAACAUGCUGGGGGUCUCCCUCUUCCUGCUGGUCGUCCUCUAUCACUACGUAGCCGUCAACAACCCCAAGAAGCAAGAAUGACCACUUAACCUCACUAUCGCAGCCGAUGAGGCCCUGGAAAGAGUGGAGCCCUGUUGCCAGGACCAUGAAGCAUUGAGCCUUGGAUGUCUCUUCACCUGGGACCUGCGACACCACAACCAAUGGCUGGAGGCCCAGCCCUUCCCUCUCCUUCCACGUUUGCUUCCCACCACCUUUUAGCAGACAUGAUUUGUACACUUCUUUUUUUGUCAAACAAAAUUUAUUAAUAGAAA